AAUUUUCACUUUUUGACGUCAAAAACUUUUCCGUCAACUUUUCAUCUAUCAUCAAAAUAGAAUUUAUCCGUGUGAAAUUUAUGUAAAACUAAUUUUAUUGAAAACUUAUUUACAAAUAUGAAUCAAGCGGAAGUUUCAAAACUCAUGUCCCAGCUACGAAUAGCUGUUCGACCAAACAAACGUCAUUUGAAAAAUCCUGAUGGGCCGGAAGGAAGAUUAAUUAAAUUACGCAAAACAGUCACAGCCUUAGUGAAGCAUGAGCGCAUCGAACUUUACUAUAACCGUGCUGAUGAAGCUAGAGGUUACGUAGAACUGCUCAUUUCAAAUGCUAUCCGCCAUGGAGAUUGUCACAAGCAAACAAUGGAACUAGCUGAUUACUGGCUUCUUGAGAAGCAACUUGUGCACAAACUAUUUAAAGUGCUAGUACCCCGUUUCCAAGAUUGCAGUGUUUCAUUCACCCGAAUGUACAAAGCUCCACGGGAUUACCCUGGAAUGUACUACAAGAAAUCUGUGCUAGAACUUCGUGGAAACCCCUAUCCUAGCUUGCUUCCCGAUAUGACCCAAAAUCGAAGUCUCAUUCAGAACAUCCUCUUAGACGAAGCUCGCAAAGAUUUCCAAAAAGAGAAACUCUCACAAAUGGCAGCUAAAAUUGUUGCUGAAACGGAUAUUGUUACAGGCAAACCAAAAGAUAGAGUUGUUGCUCUAGAAAAACCUAAUAAUUAAAUUGUUGCCUAAUAAAAAAAGAAUUUAUUUACUUGACUUAGUUCCAAAUCA